AUGAAUGGAAAUGUUUCCGAAUGGUAUAACGAAUGCGACAAUGCCAUUAGAAGGUCAGAAAUAGUUCCUGGAACUUACGAAUAUACAACUGCUGUUUCAUAUGGAAACGUAGGUGAGUUUGGUGAAGGUUCUUCAACAACAGUAGAUAUUGCUUGCGACAGGUUUCAUAUUAUUUCUAUUGACAACUCUUUCUUAUACGUGGAACAAGACAUUGAAAUAAAACCUUCUGCCAAGUUGUCUGACAAGAAAGGUUGCAAUGGAAUUUUCUAUGUCGGAUACCAAUAUGCUCCAGAAGUUUUCAUGGGAUAUAAGAUAUAUUCUAACUCUGACUUAGUUCAAACAGUAACAUGGGCAAACUAUGAAUGGUUCGCUUUGAGAAACUCAGUACAACCACAAGCUAGAGAACAAACAGACCAGUAUGCAACUAUUGAGAAAAUAAGAAGACUUGACCCUAACGUUCCAGGAGUUUAUGUUGACCUUUCUGGACAAACUGCAGCAGCAGUAACCAAAGUAAAAUUGAAACUUAGAGUUCCUUUGUCAUCUUUCCUCAUCUUCAGGUUUUUAAGAUACUUGCCAAACUGGGCAGGAAAAAUUUCUAUCGAACUUACUCCAAGCAAAAAUAACUUAGUCAUUGCACCAACACAAGACCCAUUCAGCAUUGCUGUAGCUGGAACUGGUGGAGCCAAGUUCUGUGACUUUUGCAAAGACAAAGUUGACUUAGACUUUGGUUUCUCAAACCUCAACACUGAAGUAAACUACUACUUCAAUGCUGCUGGAACUGCUUGGGACCCAGUUAAGUUCACAUGCGAAAAGUUUGAAUGCAAGAGAAUAGAAAGCAGACUUGCAGUCUAUAUGUUGGACCCAGAUAUUUCAAAUGCUUUAGCUGCCAAAUAUAUUGCAGUUCCACUUAUGUUCCCUAUACACCAAAUAUCUGUCAAAGACUUUGCAGGUGAAGUUGGAAACCAAAGUGCUGACCCAGGUGCAAGAACAGAUAUUGCUUUAACAACUGCAAUGAAACAUGCAGAUACUAU